GAUUAGCAACAUCAAAGAACCACGUGCGGUUUUGGAGGCGAUUGCACGAAACACCACUGGAAGCCUUUCGGCCACUGAUGUCCUUUUAUAUGUUGAAGUCCUCUCACAAUCAAUCCCAACGCUGACUUCAAUCAACGAGACGAUACCUGACAGAAGGGAGAUCACCAACGUCACGAUGAAAGCAUUGGUUAAGACAGUGAACAAUCUCUUACAACCAGAUGAAAUGGCGGUGUGGAACGAAAUUGGAGACGAUGAGAGGAGAAAGAGUGCCACAAAGCUGCUACACACCAUGGAAACAUCAGCCCUUGGCAUCUCACACCACUUGAAAAGGACAACAGAGCUUGUGUUUAAGGAGAGUGAUGUUGCCCUUAAACUAUACGCUUUUGAUUUAAGCCGUGAUAAGCAGCCCCAUCCGCAUGCAAAUCUGAAUGGGAAUCACAUAAGUAUCUCACAACAGAAGACUGAAAUGGCCAGCUCUAACGGGACCCUCACCAUCAUUUUCCUGCAGUACAGCAGUAUUGGCUCCCUCCUCAGACUGUCCAACAGCUCGCAUGACAGAGACCACAAUGGGACUACGAUGCAGCUGGACUAUGUUGUGAACUCACCGAUUGUUGCUGCGGCGAUCAAAUCAAACCCUCCAUCUCUGUACCUCAUGGAUUACGUAGCAUUCACUCUGAAACAUCUCGAGCCUCUAGAAAAGCGGAAAGCUCUGUGUGUGUUUUGGAAUUACUCUGCUCCCAGCAUGGAGGGUGAGUGGGCCACUGAAGGUUGCAAGACCCUGCACUUCAAUGCCACGCACACCACGUGCAGAUGUAACCACCUGACCAACUUUGCGGUUCUGAUGUCUUCCUUCCGGAUCAGUGUAAGUGCCAAAGAUGUACGGAGGGAGUCAGCAGCAAGAAAAUCGGUUCAAGUAUCACCAGCAACAGUCAGAAAGAUGCAAAAUGGAGAUAAGAAAGAAAGAUUUUGCAUUAAUCUUGCACAACCUUGGGAUGGUCUGAAGUGAUUGACAGCCAAUGAAGCAUUCUUUUGUAGCAUUGUCACCAUCGUAAUGUCUGAUUCACGAUGUAUGCGUAGUAAAUGGGGGAGGUGAUGGCGUAGUGGUAUUAUUGCU